ACCAAUUCUGCUCAAUUACAUACCCUUGAACCAGUAUUUCCAAAGCACUGUUCCAUCACCAGAUUUACAAUAUGGCACUCUCACGACACCACCGCAAUAAUCGAGCUCAUCUUCCUCGCCGUCUACGUCUGCUACAAGCACGGCUUCAAGCGCAGCAGCGGCUGGCUCUACACCCUCAUCCUCUGCCUAACCCGCAUCUCCGGCAGCGUCUGCCAAUUCAUCUCGAACAAAGACCCUGCCACGGGGCUCUUGCAAACCAUCUUCACCUUGGACUCCGUAGGCCUGUCAUCGCUGCUGCUGGCAACAUUGGGCGUCCUAAACCGCUUCGUCGACUUCAUCAAUUCGAGAACCGCACCGAUUUUCUCGUUCAACUCGUCCUGACGCUCGGCAUCGUCCUUUCGAUUGUCGGUGGGACUAGCAUCACGCCGUCGGCCAACGGAUCGCAUACGCCGCCCACGUCCAGCAACGCCGGCGUCGUUCUCUACAUCGUGGGGUUCGUAGCCAUCUUGUUCAUUCUUCUGGUGUCAGUGCCACAUCGCGCUGUCGUUCCAGCAAGAGAACGCCAUGUUCCCAUCGUCAUUUUCCUGGCACUGCCAUUUAUCGCGGUACGCCUUUUAUACUCUAUCUUGUCAGUCUUUGUGCACGAUCAUUUGUUUAGCAUCGCCACGGGCAGCGCGGCUGUCAAUAUCGGCAUGUCGGUUGAUGAAGAGUUCCUCGGUACGUUAUUAUGGGACUGUGGUUAGAGAAGGCGUCCGCUGGACGAAGGGUUGCUGCGAGGGGUGAACAGGUGGGCAAUGGUCAGGGGUAUCAGUGAGUCCACCAUACAGUACUUCCAAAGUCGGUAGGAUUCGAUGAAAAGAUGUCGGCGCAGAACAUGGAGGCAGAGGCUCACACCGGCGAGGUUCUAGAUGUUAAUAGAGUAGCUUGAUGUACUAUAAUGAUUUGAAA